AUGGCUUGUUUAACGUCUCCUCCAAACGGUUUGCAGGACGAAGUUGAACGCUUGCAAAUGAUGCAUGUCGUACUCUCCAUAGUGUUCGAAAAUCGCCUCCUUUUCCCGCCCAUCACCAGGCCCCGGCGAAUUCUCGAGUGCGGCUUCGGAGCCGGCGACUGGGCUACCGACGUUGCACAACAAUACCAAAAUUGCGAGGUAGUAGCCAUCGAUAUCUGCCCGCACAUCUGGCCCGACGAAUCCCAAACGCCGACGAACUUGAACCUGCAAGUCGAUGACUUGAACGGGAGAUUCACCUUUCCAUCGAACCAUUUCGACCUCGUGCACAGCCAGAUGAUGGCAGGCGGUAUCCACUCAAACCGGUGGAGAGAUUACCUUCGAGACAUUCAUCGCGUACUUCGACCGGGUGGUUGGUGUCAAAUGGUGGAAAUAUACUUUAAUGCGCAGUCGGACAACGGGACGUUGACUCAAAAUCACGCCCUACGCAGGUGGUCGAGAAAAUACUUGGAUAGCAUGCAGCCAUACAAAGAUCCCAGGGCGCCGAUGCAGAUGCAAAGUUGGAUGCAAAGUGCUGGAUUCGACUCGGUGGAAACACAGAUGAUCCCUCUCCCGACUUGCGGCUGGUCGAAUGAUCCGAGGCAGCAUCAGAUCGGCGUGGCCAACAGGGAGAAUGUGAGGAGGAUGCUUUCGUCUCUGGCAAUGUAUCCCAUGACAGAGUUCCGGGGGUAA